AUGCAAGGCGUCAAACUUGCUCUAUUUUCACCCGAAGAGAUAAAGAAACUCAGCGUGAAGAAGCUAACAAAUCCAGAAACUUUCGAUGCGUUGUUGCACCCUAACUUUGGAGGUCUAUACGACCCAACACUUGGUCCAACGGACAAAGACGAUUUGUGCGGGACUUGUGCUCAAAACUACAUUUUCUGUCCUGGACACUUUGGACAUAUGGAACUUCCUUUACCAGUCUAUCAUCCAUUAUUCUUCAAGGUUUUGCUGCAGAUCUUGAGAUCGUCUUGUUUCAAGUGCGGCCAACUUUUGUUUUCCAGGACAGUAAGACAUAUUUUUCUUAGGUGAGCUGAACUGCGAUGUUAAGAAAUCUGUUCCAUUGAUCUUCAGACCUAAGGCCUUGUAGAGAUAUCAAUGUGCUGGGUUGAAAUCGUGAAGCAGGGUUUGGAGGAGGGGGAGGAGGAAAAAGCAGGGGGAGGUUGAGGUGAAAUACAUGAAAUUUCUGGUCAGCUCCGAGACAUUUUGCUUCAGUAGGCUGGUUUAGCAACAGGACGGGAACAUCAGUUGACGACGGGGAAGUGUGCGGAAAAACUAAACACAAUGUGCGGUGUCCAGUUUUUGCUGGUCUACUUUUGGUCAAGCCAGUUGUUAAAUUUUUGUGCGCUGUUGUCAUCUGACAUUGAUCCCGUUCUGUUGCUAAAUCAGCCUAUUAUAAUAUGGCCGAAUCUGCACUCGGGCAAGAUGAAGCAAAUCAUGUGUUCUGAUUGGCUACCCGAGUGGGCUUGAUGGGUCUAUCUUGCCCACUCAGGAUUUCCUGGUAUUGGACAAGUCCGCCGUUUGGCCAUAUAACAAAUCCUUUAUUGACCAAGCUUCUUUGGUUAUGACGCUGGAUAUCGCCCUUAUUCUUUUUGGCAUUUUUAUUUACCUUGACUUCAUCUCUGUCCAUAAAAAUGCAAUGGUCAAUGGCCAAUAUCCAGCUCUCUUGACCUUGCGCUUGGUCAAUAAUGCAUAUCAUUCUAUACACUCUUUAAACCUCACUGUGCCCUAUUUUCCUGAGCCAUCAAAAUCAACCCUCCUCUGCAUCCCACCCAGUGUGAGAAUUUUUCAGCCCCCAUAAUGAUCUUGAUAUGGGUGGAUCACAAAAAAUAACAAAAACAAUCAGAAAAAUGAUUUGACAAACCUUAGGUGACAAACCUUUUUUAAAGCAGGGCUCACCUGCAAGGCUUUAGUAUUGAUGUGCAGAGGCCCAAUUGAUGUAAGAAAAUCUAUUAAGGUUGGAAAUAUUUACAUGUCAGAAUGGCAACCCUGUUUAUACAGAGGAACCUAGGGUGGCACAGUUUCGUGAUAAAUGACACGCUUCUGUGAUCUCCAAAUUAAUGCACGACUCUUUCUAUAAACAGAACAUCUGCAUUUAUUUGUAUCAUUUGAUCAUUUCCAUUCCAUUAAUUCCAUAUAGCCAGAUGAAGGCACUGGAUUUUGGGCUCACGUCAGUUGCUGAAGAGCUUCAACAUGUUGCUAACCAAACAAUAAACUCUGAUCAAUCAAUUGAUGACACACGGGGCUUUCAAGAGGAAGAUUGUAUCACUGCCCUGGACAAACAUGUAAAAAAGGCAUUGAAAGACAUUAAUAAGACAGAGGCCAGGAUCAAGUCAGUGGCCAAAAAUGUCACAAACUUUAGGCAUCAGCUUAUAAAAGAAUUUAUGAGUACGUACAUGGUAAACAAAAAACGUUAUUGCCCAGGUUGCAAAGCACCAUCGCGAGAGGUGAAGAGUGAACACAACAGCCGUGUGUUUUUAAAGGGAUUAUCAGCUAAAGAUGCUGUGAAAUGGGUGAAAAUACAAGUUACAGGGUCUCAUAUGGCAAGACAAACAAAUGAUGGUCCAAACAAUGAACCAGGUAUAAAUAAGGUGCAAAACUUCUCGUUAAUUUCCAUGAUUCACUUCUAGUAUCUUAAUCUUAAUUUUUGCUCAAAUGAAUAUGUUACUUUCAGAGAAUGGAACAGUGAGCAAUUCUAUGGCUGACGCAGAUGAAGAAGUGAAAAAACUUAUGCAACAAACCUUCCUUACUCCACUUGAAGUGAAAAAACAUGUCACCCAAAUCUGGGAGACGUAUCAUGAAUUUCUGAAUGUUCUUCUUGGAGCCUACCCAUCCCCAACGGCAAAGAGAAAGUGUUCCUCGGCUGAUAUGUUUUUUCUUGAGAUCUUUCCUGUUCCACCCUCAAGAUUCAGACCGGUAAGUGUUGUAAUUUGUACUGACAUUGUUCUGUUAAUUGCAACAUUAUUUGCAAUACAUUUAAUGCAAUUUUCUUUAAUUUAUAAGGACACAAUUAAAUGCAAUUUGAGAUACAUUACAUACAUGUAUGUAAAAUUUCACUGUUGAGUAAAUUAUCAAGAUGCGCUGCAAGGAUAAAGUUGAAUGACAUAUUCUGUCGUAAACAUUUGUACACAUCAUUAAGUUUUGUUGUUGUAAUUGUGUAAACUAUGCAGUAUUGUACAAAAUAAAUAAAAUGAGAGCCCCAGUUGCUAAUUUAAGUAUUUGCAGUAUUUAUUUACUUAAAAGCGCUUUUUAGUAUGUAGCUUCAGCUGGUUAAAAUGCUUUUCCACUUUACGUAUUUAUACUGUCUUGCAGCUAUCAACCCUCGGAGACAAGCAGUUUGAGAAUCCACAGACUGGGAACCUCAGUAAAAUCAUGAAGGAUAGUGUACUGGUGAAGGAAUGUCUCUUGGAUUUAAACAAACCCAGAACAGAACAGACUGAAGGAUCAACAGAAAAGAAAAAGAAGGGUUUUGUAUGUGAUCAUUUUCUAUUCCAUGUUGUGGUUUUUAAUACCUUAAAAAAUGAUGUGGUUCUUGGCUGUUAGAGGUGCCAUUCACUGAGGGUCUAAAAUCUGGAGAACGUAGCCUUUUAAUAAGCACUGUACCCCCUACUUGAACAUCAACUGCCCCUGCUACAAGCGCAAGUUGACCCAGUCCCCCGAUUAUAACAUUGGUGUGCCUGAGGGUUAUACAAAGUCUUGGAAGAAGUAUAAUAUUCACUUUUUUGACUCAAUUUUAUGUGAUGAAGCAACUAGGGCCAAAAUGUCCCAGAAACCGUUUUAUGACUAAAUUUGUUGUCAAUUUUUGGAGAAAAUGGGCUGUAUUCCUAACUAGCACAGAGAAACUUAAGAUUCAAUUACAUCCAGGAGAUUUAGUGACCCAUACAGUGGACCAGGAUAUUUGCGCCGUAUCCGGGAAACCCGAUCCCAGAUAAUCUGAGAGAGUUGGAAUAUAAUGAAAUACUGAACUGUCACCAUUUUUCUUUUCAGGGCAAGAAUGCCCCCGCAACUGUAUCUGGUAAGACGCCCACUGAAAGACUUCACAAUGCAUGGCUAAAACUACAGACAGAUGUGAAUUGCUGUAUAGACAGUGAUCUGGAUAAACUGUCUACAGUUAAAUUUCCAGGAAUCAGGCAGGUAUGUGUAUGUGUAUGCUUUCAAGUAGACUGCAGUACUGGUAGGUUUGUAACUAGCUUCAAUCUAGCCAACCUACAUUUAGAGGAAAUGUGGGCCACAAAUAUUUAUACUCAAAAGUCAUGUCUGCAUGUCAAUAUUUGUCAUGUCAAAUCUUGAAAUUUCAAGAUUCUGCAUGUCAAAUCUUAAAAUUUCAAUAUUUUGCAUGUCAAAUCUUCAAAUUUCAAAAUUUUGCAUGUCAAAUCUUUAAAUUUCAAGAUUUGACAUACAGAGGGAUUUAUUGACCCGUACGGGAGAGUGGUGCUGUAUCCAGGAGACUCCGGGAUAAUCCAGGAGAGUUGGCAUAUAUAUGUAUUGUGGGCACCCUGGAUUUUACAGGUUCCGAGCAAAUGGCUCCAAUAUUCUACAUACUGUAACCAAUAUUCUUGGCUUAAGCACAGACUAGAAUAUUAUGCAUGAAUUAUACCAAGAUAAAAGUGUGUUUAGAAUGUAUGUACACCAUAGGUUAUUGCCAUGGUGUAUCUGGUUUUACAUUAUUUACAUGUAACUGUCAAAAUUCCGAAUUUAAAUUUCAUAAGAGGAUUAAACCACUUUUGACUCAGCAAUUACCUGUUAAAAAUAUUAAAGCUAUGUUAAGGUUAGUGAUGUUAGUUUUUUUCACUUAACAGAUUCUUGAGAAAAAGGAAGGACUCUUCAGGAAACACAUGAUGGGAAAGAGAGUUGAUUAUGCAUGUAGAUCUGUUAUUUCACCUGAUCCAUAUCUCAGUGUGGAUGAGAUUGGAAUACCAGAGGUAACUAAAAUAUUUUACUUGAAGGCCCAAGGAUAUACUAAUAGCCCUGGGAAACAAGACCAAGUGAUCAUUAUUGUUCGUCAUUAUAAUCCACACAAUCUUCUGUUUUAUUAUUGCGGAGGGAAUUCAAAUUACGGAGGAAUAAUAUUGUAAUCAAUCCUGUUCUUCAAAAGUUUUUCGGGCUAGUUGAAAUUACUUAUAGGCUUGCACAUGCUAGCUACAGCUUACCCAAAUGGCAAGCUAUUAAACUGCCUUUCUUUGCACCCUGGUUCAAGUAUCUAAGAUCAAGAAUUAAGUUUAUAUACAUGUAGAUUUUCAUUUUGAGUGAGGCACACAGAAUGAAAGAGGCAGCAAGAUCCUUUGGUGAACCAAAGGUUGUGUUUUACAACUUUACCAGAAUUGUAUAUCAUGAUUGUUCUUUGUGUCUUUUUGUGAUAGGUUUUUGCUUUAAAGCUGACAUACCCACAACCUGUGACUCACUGGAAUGUUAAGGAACUGAGACAGGCAGUCAUCAAUGGACCUCUACAGCAUCCAGGGUAACUAAAUUAAUACCAGCAAUGUUUAAAGACUUGCAUGCAUUUAUUUGAAGCAGAAUUUGAAGCGUUGGAGGGAGCAUUAAUUUGCCACCUUGUUUAGCAAACCAUUCAUGUAAGGUCUCUUACACUGUACAUUGUAUGACUUUUAAUGUCAUUGUACAUGUAUAUUAGAGGUAUCAUUACACUGUACAUGCAGUCCAGUAGCUUGUCAAUCAGUUAACCAGUUACGGUAGUGAGAGAUUAAUGAUACAAUCUUGUGACCCAGUUUGGGUCUCAGCAUAAGUCUUUAAGUUUGACACUUUGGUUCAAUCAGCCACUCAGUCUGUCAUGCACUCAGUUUUUCUCUUGGUCGGUCGGUCAGUCACUCUGGCAGGCAGAAAGUCAAAUGAAAAUGAGUUUUAGACAAGAAAUGUCAGUGUUAUGCACAGCCUUUGAUUAAAUGAGUCAAUCAGACAGUCACAGCAAGACACUAUGACAGAAGGAUGCUUUGCAGUUAAACAGAGAGUAAGUCAACGACAUGCAUAUGUAGAUUGUAUGGACUUUCAGUCACCAAGCAGUUAGUUUAGGAAGAGAGAUGGCUAGCUUUUAGCCAGAAGUCUGACAGUCACUAUACAAUGCAAAUAGAUUACAGAUUAGCUGAUGAGUUAAUCAUUACAUUUGUUGCUCAAUUCAACAGUGCCACCCUUGUGGAACUGGAAGAUGGCAAAAGGACCCUACUCAGCAAAACAGACCCCAAUCAAAGACAGGCUAUUGCCAAGCGUCUUCUUACUCCAUCCACCCACUUGAAGGCAUCAGUCAACCCUUGUAAAAAGGUACAGUGUAUGUCGAGAUUUUGAUCACUAGCUACUUCUCAGCUUAAUUUGAACAGCCAAAGAAAUAUAUUGAAAAAGUGUUUGAAAAGAAGUAACCAGAGAAAACAGCCAAUAUUUUGCAACGCCACCGCUAGUUUCCCUGCAAAAUGACAUCUGAGAAAUGAGUGCAGAAAUUCCAUACUGAUGACCAUGAUCUCUACCCUGAUCUGGGUACAUUUCUAGUGUUUUCUGAUUGGUCGUACUGCAUGGGAAAUCAGUUCCAAGCAUUCAGAAGCACUACCCAUCUCUGGGUAGUGACACGUCAUCAGUAUGGAAUUUCAGCGCUUUUUUCUCGGAUGUUUUUUCACAGGGAAACCAGUGUUGGUGUGGCAAGAUGUUGGCUGUUUUCUCAGGCUAAAAAAGAAAUAAUUCUUAUGAUGUUUGCUUAUGUUGCAGGUCUAUCGUCACCUUAAGAAUGGUGAUGUAUUGUUGUUAAACAGACAGCCAACACUUCAUAGACCAAGUAUGAUGGCACACAGGGUAAGUCUCUAUUCUUAUUAACACAAACUUAUAUAAGACAAUUUAUUGAUUUAUUGGUGAUAAUAAUAAUAUUGCAGGUGUUGAAUAUUUCCUGAUUAUGUUUCAGGCUCGUAUCCUACCAGGAGAGAAAACCAUUCGACUUCAUUAUGCUAACUGCAAAUCUUACAAUGCAGAUUUUGAUGGUGAUGAAAUGAAUGCUCACUAUCCUCAGAAUGAACUGGCGAGGGCUGAGGCCUACACCAUAGGUUUGUUUUUUGUAAAUUCAGUGUUCUUGAUUCUUGGCACACCUCCUAUAUGCACUUCUCUUUUCUUCUAGGAAAGUACCAUUAAUUUUAACAAUUUCUUCAAGGUCAGAGAUUGUUAGUCAAAAGAUGGUAAUUAAUGCUAUUCUUCAAAACAAUAACAAUAAUAGCAAUAAAGAUAAUGACAACAAUGACGAUGUCCAAUGAUAACGAUGAUAAAUAUCGCUGCAGUGAAAAACCCAGAGUAAAAACUAAGAACGUGCAGUUUUCCAGUACAUGUAUAAACAGGUUCUUACAUAAAAUGGUAAUUAGCACAAAUUUAGGCUUUGAUUUAGGUUCUUAAACAGGUUCUUAAUUUCCGAAAUAAAAAAUUGUUACAAUUUGUAUCUAAGAGUAUUUAGUGGUAUUCAGCUUAUUCUUUAUAAUAUUAUAUAAAAUUUGCAUACCAAUACAUUGCAGUUGGAGUGAUACGAGGCACCUAUGUCUCCGAAGAGGAUUAUGAAUGUUGACUUAUCUUAAUUGCUUUAGACUCGUUUAAGAUUUUAGAAAAUAAGAAUCGUUUCAAAUUUUAGGCUUAACAGGUUCUUGUAUAGAGGAGGCUUAACUGGCAAAUUUUAGCUUAACAGGUUCUUAAAAACCAGUUUCUUAGUCAGGGUUUUUUUUUAUUGUAUUAGGAAUCAAGUAAGCUCAGGAGAUACCUUUUGCUUUUUUUUUUCAGCCAGUACAAAUUACCAGUACUUGGUACCUAAAGAUGGAACCCCCCUUAGUGGACUGAUUCAGGAUCAUAUGGUGGCUGGCGUGAGGAUGACAAUCAGGGGCCGCAUGUUUAACAGGUCAGCUCACUGAUUUCUCCAUAGUCUUAGCAAUGUUCUCAUGUUAUUUAGGAAGCCAAUGCUGCAAAGAUUUAAAUGAGGGCAGAACAUAAAAGCAUAAAUAAUAUUGUUCUGUCAUUCUGUUCGCGGCUUGGAAAGUCUAGGUAGAAAACCAUUCCUCCCUUGUUCUCAGCAUGGCAGUUUUUUACCAUGUGAAUGAUGUGCUGCAAAGGUCCUAUUGCUUCAUUGGAUCAUUCUGCAGGUUAAAUUGAUCAUACAUGCAGUGAUGAUGGACUGUGCUGCUUGUAAUAUGUAUUUUUUAAUACUGUUUUGAAGUAUGGACAUUUGUUUGAGAAAAGGUUGUAAACAGGUUGAUGAUCUUGCACAGUGCAUCUACAUUAUUUUAUAUAUUACUAACUGUAAGUCUUGCUCAUACAGGUCAGACUACCAACAGCUUGUGUACAGUGCUUUAAGCUUCAAGAACAGCAAGAUAAAGCUUUUAAAGCCAUGCAUUGUUAAACCCUAUGAACUUUGGUCAGGCAAGCAGGUUGGUAGUAAUACAGACUGAUCUCAUACAUUUCUUUUGAGAAUUAAAAGAUCAAUAGAAAGCAUUUGCCCUUAGCAAUUCCUAUUAUAUUUAUCAAUUCUCAUAAACUUUUCUCUUGAUUAUGUAUUGAUUUUGUUGGGAGAAAAUUGAUGUUGGUCACUCUUGGGACAAUCUCUCCAAUGAUAACUUGCAUUGUUAUUGCUGUAGGUUGUAUCCACAGUGUUGCUUAAUCUCAUUCCUGCAGAAGCUAAGUUGCUGAGCUUGAAGGGAAAAGCCAAAAUAGCAGGAAAGGUGAUUCAUCCUUUGUUUGUAUAGUAACUACAUGUCGUACAAUGUAUAUGGAAUGAAGUACCAGAGUGAUGUCCUCAUUGACUAUAGAGUGCUCAAUAGUUGACCAGAGCAGAAUAUAAGACAGUAGACUGAUGGAACUGGAUUAAAUCUUGUUUGUUUUAAAGAGAUGGUUUACGUGUUAGAAACUCAUACCUGCAUGGUUGCAUGAAUAAGAGUAUAACCUAAUGUGCUAAGUACCUUGUAGAUGGAAAAAAUUGGAGUAUUUUUAUGAAUGCGUGUUUUAUGCUUUUGUGUUUAAAGAACUGGAUAACUGGUAAACCCAAAACGCAGUUCCUCGGAAUUCCACUGUUACAUGGUGACGACAUGUCUGAGGCAGAGGUAGGUAAAGCAGUAUACUGACUGUUGCACUGUCAAACCUUGCCUUAUGGACACCUGCUUAAUACGGACACCUCAUUCUUGCGGACACUUUCUAUGGCCCCGUCGCUUUCUGUUUUAAAGAGGCCCUGCCAGGGAGGGGGGAGUCCCAUGUCGUUCGUCUAAAUUUUAAAGAGUUUCGUGCCGGUGUUCAUAAAUGCUUCACGUCGCUGUCUUUUGUCGAAAUUUUAGUAAAGGGAGAUAGCGAUGUGCUGUGAAGAAACCAUUACAGUUCUGGACUUUCUCAGUUAAUAUUUCGCGUAUCAAACACCUAUACAUCGCCAAUCACAAUUAACGCAAUUCACAGGAGGGUCCACUGAAGCUCACUGACAAGAGAAGCGCAAGGAAAAUUGAUGAAAAUUAAUUCUCCUUUGCAUUCAGACUGGUGAUGAAUUAGACAAACCACCGUUCUUUGUCGCUUAUUUUCGGCUUUGCUGUCACUGUCACAAUUUGGCAGAGGGAAGUUGUCUCUUGGCGCCAUUUCAUUUUACGCUCUGUCGCUACUUUUUGGGUCAUGUCGCUUGUCAGAAUUUACCCUCGGAGGGCCUCUUUAAAGGGUUUGACUGUGCUUCAAUUUCAGGAGAAGUCAUUUACAAGUGAGUCAGGUUUGUGGAAUUAUAAACACAGAAGAUGUAGAAAAUGCAAAGUAAUAUCCUGCAAGAGAUUAUAAGUUCUUGAUGAAAAUUUAAACUCAUCUCAUUUGAUUGUGUUUGCCUACUGUUUCCUGUUUGUGUCUUCAGGUGGUUAUCCGUCAGGGACAGUUAUUGUCUGGUGUGUUGGAUAAAGCUCAUUAUGGGCCAACUCCAUUUGGUUUGGUGCAUUGUUGUCAAGAGGUAUACAGCAUAUUGUAAUAAUCAAACUAAAAAAAAAAUGUUUUAAUGAAGUAAUUUUCCAGUUACUGGUGUGUAAUUGAAUAUCAAUGAUUUACUCCAGAAUACGAUGCCAAGGGAAUUGUUUUCUUUCUUGUUGUUUUUCUUUAGAAUUUUAUCGCUUGUACAUAGACUUGUAACCCUAAAUCUAACCCGAUUUGAAACAAUUUGUGCGGCUAUUUUUGCUGAACCUGAAACAAGAGCUUUUUAGAUAAUUAUUGUCUCUACAAAAGUGCUUAACUGUCAUUCAUAUAGCUUACAAAGUUAACUAAACAGCCCUGUAGGAAUAUACCUUCAAACCACUGUUGUUUUCAUUCAUUUAAACAUUAACCAAGCACACUGUGAAUUGGUGGAAAAUAACUACAUGUAAACGUCCUUUACUUUGAUUCAGCUUUAUGGUGGAGCAAUGGCGGGCGACUUGCUUACUGCUCUAGCCAGAGUUUUCACCACAUUCCUGCAGUUCCAUGGUUUUACACUUGGUGUUGAGGACAUCCUGGUAAAGGAAAAGGCCGAUAAGAAGAGACGUAAGUUUAUGAAAAAGGGAAGAACGGCUGGAGACGAAGCUGCCUCAGAGGCCCUUGGCCUUCCUGAUGAUUGUGAAAGGUAAAACAAAAACUACGUAUGUUGUAACGCGAAUUUUUUUUCUGUAAAAUGAUGCAAAAAGAAUGAAUGAAUGAAUGAAUGAAUGAAUGAAUGACUGACUGACUGACUGACUGACUGACUGACUGACUGACUGACUGACUGACUGACUGACUGACUGACUGACUGACUGACUGACUGACUGACUGACUGACUGACUGACUGAAUGAAUGAAUGAAUGAAUGAAUGAAUGAAUGAAUGAAAUGUCGUGGGUUAGAGGAGAACGAGACGCGCCCUCUUUUCAUUAUAUAGUAACAACAUGUUAACAGUAAGCUGGGAAGUCAGCGUACAAGGGUGCCACUGGCAGCCGCUAUCAGUCCAUUUAUGAGCUUAAUGCUCCACUCAGCCCAUGAUAGGAUUUGACCAAUAAAAGAACGAAGAAGGAGACAAGGCCAGAGGCUUAACGUCAAUUUAAGUAGUUUCUGUCAACAAAGGUUGACUUUAACUAAUGUAAGUAUAAAACUUAUGCAUCAUACUUUUGGCUGUACUUAAAAAUGCGUAGUGGCCUCUUUUUGCCUGUACUUAUUAUUCCAAUAACCUCUCAGCCUAAGGAAACCAUUUCUGUUCCAACAAGCAGCGUUAGUGCCUGAGAUGUUGUGUUUCUCUGUGAUCUUGUUUUUGUUCUGACUAUUAGGUCUGUAUUGGAAGAGAAGCUACAAAAAGCUCAUCACAGUAAAGACGGAAGUGACAUGAAACAGUUGGACUUGAGCAUGAAGAAGAAGACAGACCAGUACCAAGAUCUCAUCAACAAAGCUUGUAUUCCACUGGGCCUUCUCAAGAGAUUUCCUGACAAUAACCUUCAGCUUAUGGUGCAAUCUGGUGCUAAAGGGUCCUCAGUGAAUUGCAUGCAGAUCUCCUGUUUGCUGGGGCAGAUUGAACUGGAGGGGCGUCGACCUCCACUUAUGCUUAGCGGCAGGUCUCUACCAUCAUUUCUACCUUAUGAUACCAGUCCCAGAGCUGGAGGCUUCGUGGAUGGGCGUUUCCUGACUGGGAUAAGGCCUCAGGAGUAUUUCUUUCACUGCAUGGCAGGAAGAGAGGUACUGUUUAAAAUUAAAAUGACAAUAGGUAAAAAGAGCGACCUCGAGGGAGCAGAUUUCGGCAGGGUUGUCACUAAGAUUUCAAGUUACCGGGUCAAUACAACAAGUAGGCGGAGAAUGAAACAGCUAGGGAUUUCUUUUGGUUCUAUUUUUCUUCUAUUUUCCAAUGAAAAUAGCCGGGGCCACAUUCAUAGUAGCUGGAGGAAUCCCCGGCCCCCGGCUGAUAAUGACAACCCUGAGAUUUGGUUACAGGCGUUUAAGUUCCAGCCGAUUAUCUGUGUCUUGUCUCGUACUUAUUUAGAAGAGAGAUUCCACGGUUAUGAGAUGACACAAACAGCGCUUAACCACGCAUUAUGGUCAUUGUUUCUAUCUUGUUUCUUUUUUUUUGAUGCGUGGUAUGAACUAUACUUCAUUAAAGCGAACACCAAAUAAAGAGAAACAAAACCCGUAAAGCGGCUAAAAUUCAUGCUGGCCGUUUAACGGAAAUGAGGAGAAUUUGUUUUUCAUCCAGAAAGGCGUAUCCAUUAAAACUCGUAUGUUGGAAAAGAGAUAAAGCAACGUCAACGGCACAGCAAAAACACCAGAGAUCCUCCCUUCUAAUUGGCUUCUGAGGCCCAGCAGAAAUAGAGCUGGAUACAGACGGGAUUGAAGCAUCAUAUAAAGCGAUGAGCAGCUUUAUGGAUAGUUUAUUACAGUCGACUUAUUGCAGACCUAAAUCAAAGGAACACUGUUGUAAAAAACCCGAAAUGUUUUCAAUGUAAAUUAUUGUUUUUCAGGGUCUUGUCGAUACUGCUGUGAAAACAAGUCGCAGCGGAUACCUACAGCGAUGUCUUAUUAAACACUUAGAAGGUCUUCAAGUCGGUUAUGACCUGACCGUGCGGGACAGUGAUAGCUCUGUAGUGCAAUUUUACUAUGGCGAAGAUGGUUUGGACGUCAUGAAGACUUCAUUCCUUUCUGAGAAGCAGUUCCCGUUUAUGGCGGGAAAUUACCAGGUUCGGAGACUUCUUGAUUGCAAGAAUUCAUAACUCAAAAAAAGAAAAUUUGACACAAUGACUCAAAGGUUAGGCGCGUGAAUAGGUGGAUUGAGCAAAAGUUUUUAUAUCGUUACGUAGCACUUGCUAACAGCAAUGAUGAUGAAAUGAUUGCCCCCAGAAUAUUGUUCUGUGAUUACUUAAUCUGUACAAAAAGUACGUCUGAGUUGUUAGCUACACACAUAGGAUCUCUUUGGAGCGGAAUUGUUACUGUUAUGAAUUCCUAUAUGAAAGAGUUCAACUAAGAAUUCUGAAAAUGGUUUAUUAAUUGAAACUUAACUUGAAAAGUGUUUUACCUGUGACAUUGCAUCUGUAAAGAGUAGGAUAAGAUACAAGCUUUGUUUUAUUUGGGGUACACCAAAUAGAAAAAGGAAGCGUUGAUGCUAUGAGGUUUGGUAUAAUUAUGUUUUUACAACCGUUAUCAGUUCUAUUAUUUAAAAACACGUUACAGGAGUUUAUUUGUUUAUUUAUUUAUUAUUAUUUUUCUACACACGCAGGCGUUUCUACAUCAACUCAAUCCUAAAGCGCUUCUUCCACAUUUGGAAUCAGAAAAAGCGCAAAAACUUGAAAGAAAGGUAGGAAGGAAAAAAGUCAGUCAAACAAAAGCAAACAAAAACAAAACAGCGAUGAUGACGAAAUGAUUGCCCCCAGAAUAUUAUUCUGUGAUUACUUAAUCUGUACUCAAAGUACUUCUGAGCUGUGUUUGUGCAUUUAAUGCCUGUUGUCACUUUUGAUCAUUUUUGCGUUUGUGGAUGAAAUCCUGUGAUGUUGUCAUUUAAAUGACACCUCUUCAUCAGUUUUUUUGCAUGUUACUAUUCGUUUUUUGGUAUGUUACAAAGUAAAAUUUAGGAUUUAUCUCAAAAUUCAAAAUUGUUUGUUGACAUGAAAUUUAUUUGUUCUCAGAUUACUAAAUGGGUGAAAAAACACGAGCAGAAUCGCCAAAAAAGAACUUCACCAUUUCUGUUUUUCGCCAAAGAAAACUGCCCACAAGAGCCUGGAGAUGAAGCUGAAACUCCUGUACAGUUUGGGCGAACUAAGGUGCUGAAUCUGUCAAGUUAACUAUUUUUAUUUUAGUUCUAGGGUACCUGCUCUUCCUAGCAGCUUCAGAAAGAAGUAUUUGAAUUCCCUGCUUCUGAAAUUUGUUCGUAACAGUGAAGUCCCCUUCUAGUAAACUUUCCUUGCAACACUUUUGCCAGUAGAUAUUCUGUCAGCCCCAUUAGCUACCCGCGAUGACGGGUAAUAUUUUGCGGAAUCACUUUAAAGUAAAUGAUCCCCUUAUGUUAACGAAGUAUUUAAUACCGAGAGCACGGUUCGAGACAAUCAGUGGGCCACCAGAUAACUGUUUUUCAAGUCUAUACUUCAUGUAUUUGUCGUUUCUGUUCCCGAUUAACAGUCUGCUUUCGAUCUGGGGCUCGGCCACAGCCAGAUUGAAAAUGUGUUACAACGUGGCUUUAUUUAACACUGGCUUACCUCCGUUUACUAACUUACCGAAAAUGUUUAAGCAUUGGUGUGUACGUGGUUUGUCAGAACGACAGUUUUGUGUAUAUGUAUCAUAUAUCUGCCUUUAUUUCUAGGCUGAUCUGAAGCUCUUUAAAAAGUGGAGCAAGGCACCCUUGUCCGUUCGUGAAAGGUUUGUUAUAAACUAUUACCUCGUCGUUUUGACUGUAAUCUUCACAAUUGGGUGAGUCUGUAUCGGUCGUCGAAGUCAGUCUGUUUAACUUUAAAACAAAUGAAAUAAAAUGAUGUGUGAAACUAUUGUUUUCAGAAAGUCAUUUCCUUUUAAUUAAAAUAUCUAUUGAAAGCAAAUGACGCUUGAAAGCAUAAAAUGAACAAACCGCUACUUCACUGAGAGAAAGCUAGCUUUUUAGUUUCACAUUACAUACAUGUACAUCACUCAACUCCUUUUUCAGUUUUUUUUUGUAUCGAACAAGAUGAGGGUGGUAAGUUCGUCAUGUAGGGGGUCAUAAAAUUUUGAAUUACGAGUUAGCAGCGAUGAUGAUGAAAUGAUUGCCCCCAGAAUAUUGUUCAGUGAUUACUUAAUCCGUACUAAAAGUACUUCUGAGCUGUUAGCUACACGUGUGGUUUCUCUCGAGGCUAAAGUGAUCAACUUUUAAAUGAGCCCUUGCAAAGGCUUUAUUCCUUUGAUACUCGACCGAAAAAAAUAAUUGUCUGAGUAUGCCUCUUAAAGGGGUCUACGUCAUGAAAUUUAUCAAAUUUGUAUAGGUAAUAGCAUGAUUUGUAGUGAUAUUUGGCAUAAAUACCUCGUGUGAUAUUUCAAAAUUGUUAUAGGUAAUUUCACGAGCCGUUAGGCAAGUGAAAUUUUAGACAAUUUUGAAAUAUCACAAGUGGUAUUUAUGCCAAAUAUCACGUAUAAAUCAUGCUAUUAUUUGUUUAUACUACUACCCGCAAAGGUUUUGUAAUUUUCACAUGUAGGUAUUUCAAAUUAAGCUGAAAGACCACUGCUCUUAGCCAAUCACAUUGAAGAAAUUUCUCAUGUAGUAGUAUAACAAACAGAAUUUAACUGCCACCAAAUUGAGUGAAAUAUGAAAUAACUUCUCAAAAGAUUAAAAGAAGAAAUAAAUAACAAGGCAAAUACAAAAGAAGGCACGGAUGGACAAAUUUGAAGAAGAUUUAAACGGAUUGCAAUGGUGGGUUUUCUUGCUAGCCUAGCAGUUUGAUAUAACGCUUACUUUGUCAUUUACAAGUUAUUUCUUUGCUAGCGGUAAGUUCCAUAGCGCAUAAGGACACUUAUUGGCAAAAUGAACUAGACAGCCGUACCACAGCCUCCUUCACCCUUUAAUCCCUAAGCCGUGAUCCACAUACAAAUUCUCUAGACUGAUCUCCAUACAUUUCUUUGAAGAAUAGUUGAGAGAAUUUGGUCUAAGAUCACAGCAUUUUCCCUUUGGUAAUCAAUUUAGUAAUUCUCAUGACUUUACUCUUGUUGAUCUGCUGAUGUUGUUAGGAAAAAGAUGUUGGUCACUCUUGGGACCCAAAGGGUUAAGUGUUAGCUGAAAUGUAAAACAUACUUUCACAGGUAUACCAAGAAAGCUGCCUGCUGCCCUGAUCCUGUGCUGUCAAAGUACCAGCCAGAUAGGUAUUUUGGGGCGGUGUCUGAGAAGUUUUCUACUUCUGUAAAGAAGUACACAGGUACAAAUCCGGACAAAUGCUUGACAGAUGAGGAUUAUGAAGAAAAGUAAGUGAUCUUACCACGCAAUCUCCUUAUGUUAUGCCUUAUGGUAUAUCCUUAGACAGGAAACCUUGUUCCGUGUUGUCCGUGCCCCACCCCCGCCAGGUGUGAUUUAGCAAGACUUGGACACCUUGAAAAGAAGAGAAACAAUGAAACCGUGAACUCGUACAGAUUGUAUUGAUUUUAGUGGCAGUGCCGCCAUAGAGAAGGCUGUCCUUCAUUAAUAGUUGCCAGUAAGGAGAGCUUUCACUCUAGUUUCAUAGUGACUAGUGACAUGUUACCAGUGAUUUUGUGUCGUGGUUUUAGUGGUAGAAUACCAGCAAGCAAGUUCGAGCUCCUGAUGUACUUAAAAGCUUUCCGAGCAUUAGCAGAACCCGGUGAAGCAGUUGGUUUGUUAGCGGCGCAGGUGAGUCACCUCAUACGUCUGAAAGUAAUGUCUCCCUUAAUUGAGCCUUGCUUUACUGGUCCAUUUGGAGGAAUAAACAUCACGAGUUACGGUCGUUUCGCGGCUGCAUAAUGAAGUCGUUUGGCUGCAUCAUAAAGUCGAUUCUCUGCAACGAACCUUUUUGUAUUAAAUAGUUAAAAACAUUUUAACAUGAACUACAAACGGGUAAUAACGAGUUCAGUUAGCGAAACAACUUUACAACUUUGCAGUGAAUCGACCUCAUUAUGCAGCGAAACGACUUUGUAGCGAAACAACUCCAACAUCACCAUUCGCCACUUUAGAAUCGAAGAGGAAGCUGAGCCGAGUUAAUUUUCACUAAGAAUUCUGGGAAGACUGCUAGGGAUGCGCUGGUCAGCCAUUGGCCAAUUUUUUUCCUGUCCCCAGUAGCAGUCCCAGAAGCCUUUGCGAAAGUUAACCAGUUUCUUUCUCGUUUCCAAAGUGGCGAAUUUUAUUUGCAUUGGCAGUGAGGAUUUAUCGGCGAACGAAACUGCCUGUUAUGAAGAGCAGAAUGUAACAAAAUUAUAGCUUUUGAGGAUUUCUAUUUUCUUUUUUUGACAUCACCUUCAGAAAUCUGUCUCUGAGAAACGAAAUCUUCGAAUUAAAAGAGUCUUGGUACCUAGAGAACAGUUCCCUUCCUCUAUUGUCAUGAGGAAUUUUGGAAAGGCAAGAAGAAAUAAGUUGUUCGAAGGACGAAAAACGCAAUUUAAACUUAAGUUUGCACGACAACGCUAAUACAUUCUUUACGCUAGAUGAUGCGCGUAAAACUUCAGCCCCUCGUGUAUUUGCUCGUGACAAAAUACCGGGUGACUUAGCGAUGGACUGGUAUAUUGGGGUGGACAGUGAGUAAAUGUUUUCUUCAAUUGUAGCUGCAAUGUGCUACAGAUACCAAGUUAGACUAUGCUGCUUGGGUCACGUGCUUAACGAAUUGUAAACAGCUGUUCAGACGCUUGUCUUUGUUUUUCAGUCCAUCGGUGAGCCGUCUACGCAGAUGACGCUCAACACGUUUCAUUUUGCUGGCCGUGGUGAGAUGAAUGUCACACUUGGAAUUCCAAGACUCAGGUACACGUGCUUUGAAAUGCGCUCACUCUCACUUACCCUCGUGAAGCUGCAAGAUUAACAAAUUCUUGGAAGCUAUUGCGCGAAUAGCCCAUUUCCGAUUUGCUUAAAGCUGUUUAUCCGGCAGAGCGAGUCCUGGUGCACAAUCAUUUAUUUAAAAAUUAGAGAACUCGUUCUCAAGGUCCUCUCCUACUUGUUCCCUGGGCCGGGGGAAGAGUAGGACAGGAACCCGAGAACGAAAUUGGAAAUGAGUUGACUUGCAUGGGAAUAAGAGAGGAUGAAGACCAGGACUCGAUUUGAAAAAGCUCGGAGGGAGACUAUUGAAUAAAUAACGGUUAGUUUCAAAAGAACUGUGUUGCAGGCAGAGUCAUAUAGUGAUCAUAACAUCAGCUUCAGUAUUCUCUCUUCUAAAAGUAACGUACUUUUACUUCUGAUUAGAAGUAAGUGAGAGAAUGUUUGUCGCCUUGGUCGUCUAUCAGCAAUGAGGAUGAAAUGAUUGCCCCCAGAAUAUUCUUCUGUGAUUACUUAAUCUGUACAACAAGUACAUCUGAGCUGGUAGACGUGUAAAUAGGACCGCUGGCCCCAUUUGUUCGAAGGUUAGGUAAUGCUAUCCACUGGAUAACGCAACUGAUUUCCUUCAUACUUAUCCGCUGAUAGUGAUUUAUCCAAUGAUUAGCGCUAUCCAGCUCAGUUUUGAACAGCCAGGCCCUGAUGUGAAGAGUGUAAGGGCAGAAUCAGAAAGCGUUGAUACCCCCAAUAUCAACAUACAAAUUCUCCAAACUGAUUUCUAUAUAUUUCCUUAAAGAAUGUGUUGAGAGAAUUUGAUAUAAGAUCAAAGCAUUUCCUCUUAGGUGAUCAUUUUAUUAAUUCUCACAGCCUUAUCUCUUGAUGAUGUAUGGAUAUCAUUAGGAGAAAAUUUUAGUUGGUCACCAAUGGGACCUAAAGGGUUUUAAAAUUACUUUUUCGUACCAGGGAAAUCUUGAUGACUGCCAGUGCGAAUAUCAAAACGCCAAGUAUGGACUUGCCGUUGAAACCAGGACCAAAAGCAAGAAAACGUGCGAAACAGCUUCAGAGAAAAUUUACAAAGGUCACUUUGGCUCAGGUAUUGGUGGUUUCCAUUGGAAGAUGUAUGUCUCCCAGUCCCCUCUGGUACUCGCUCGCUUGAUAUUCCGAAGGGAAUUGGGUGGGUUCCGACUAGGCCUCUAAACUGGAGCCGAUGAUGUAAGCAGUUUAUAAGUAAAGUUAACCUCCUUAUGUCUUCUUUUUUAUGGAAAAAUGAGAGUAAAUGUGUGUUUUUUUUUAUCUUCUCUUAAGCUCAAAGAGAUUACUUCCGCUAGAAUGUUUGAGUAUCGACCAUUAAAAUUUGUUUUUAGUUUCUUUUCAACUAGUUCCAGUCUCUUUGAAUGACAAGAAGAGUUUCUUUGUUUUUACUGUAUAGUGUCAUAAGAUGCUAUUUUAAUCGCAUUUGGAGAAGCGUUGAACACCACUGGUUUUGUAAUCAGAAUUUUAAAAAUAAUUCAAAACAGUAGAGAAGAUUAAGUAUGAUAUUUUUUGGGCUGUUUUUUUUUUGUUAUACCCCACCCCACUCUCCAUCUAUAUAAUAUGAAUUUUGUUGUGUAAGGUUAUUAAAUGAAAAGUAACUAAGGGAGUAACUAGUAAUAACCAAAGGUUACGGAGUGCGGGCGACAUCGAUCGAAGGUCAAAACGCUUUUGCUCCAGCGCUGUGCUUUGCGUAAGUUUUACGUGACAGGUGGUCAAAACACGCGUGAUUAGAUCACGAGUGAUAGAAGGUCCAAACGUGCGUGAUCAAAGUGCGUUUUGUGGAUUCCAUACAUUCCUAGUGGAAGUCCAAACGAAUGCUGGCCACAUACGUGCGACGUGUGCGUAAUAACAACCUGAAGAUUAGGAUUGCGGGCUCCUCUUGUCGCUCGCAUUAAUACAAUAAGGUCUGACUAUGUUAUUUUCCUGCCUUCUUUUUUGCAAAUGAAAACUGUUUUACUGUAAAUGCACUUUUUUUUCUCGCAGGUUUUGGAGUCUGUAGAUGUUUGGGAAUCUUUAUCAGCAAAGCAGAGCGGAGGGCGGUGAGAACCAGCCAAUCCUUGAUUUUUUUUCUACUGAUUUUUGUCCUGCAUUCUUCUAGGAUGCAAACGCAAAUAUUCUCAAUCUACCCCUCCAUCGUAUAUUGCUUCUUCUUUUACUGUAAUUUUUCCAUCUUAAAUAUCCAUCACACAGGGUUUAAAAUUAUAAAAUCCACUCGGUGGAAUAUCCCCAAAAAGGAAAUGUUACUUUCCAUUCUUGUCUUGUUUAUGAAAUUGACGCUUACAAUUUUUGUUGGCUUUCAAUCAUUUAGAAGCAGGAUGCACCGCAUCAGGUUAAAAUUCCUCAGCGAGGCAUCGUACAAGGUAACUGUAACUUGUGUUUCUAAUACAUUGUAUAAUUACGGGCUAUUUUGGGGUGAGGUAGUCUGCUACACAGCCGUUUUUAGUGUCAUCACGCAAAGCUCCUCCCCACUAAGUAGGGAGAAGCGUUGCGUGACGACACUAAAAACGGUUGUGUAGCAGACUAGGGGUGAGGAGGCGUUAGAAGGCACCGCCAAUCUAUAUGAGGCCUAUGGAGCAAAAACCUUUUGCCGGUAGGUUUUUAAACUAUUUGGUUUGCUUGGGGCGUUUUUUGUUGUUUUACAAACUGCACAUGGACAGUUUAUUAUAGUGACCAACAUCAAUGCUACCCUAACAAUAUCAAUAGAUAAUCAAGAAGAAAGCUUACGAGAAUGAAUGAAAUGAUCACCAAAGUGCUUUGUAAGUGGAUACUGAGGCUUAGAGGGUUAAACUUGAUGGUUUCUACUAGUGAUAGAGGCGGCUGUUCAAGUAAGAUUCCAUAUUAUUGUCUUUCACCAGGAUGAAUUUUGCGUGAAGGCAUCAAGCAUUCUUCGUUAUGUGGAGCUUAUUUUCAUCAAGAAGAUUAUUUCAGCUGUCUUGAAAGCCACAAAAGCCAAGUCAAGUGAGAUGUAGGUGGAGGCUUAGGCCAAUGUUGAGUAACGGCGUACACAACAUUGAUGAAUUCUUGAUGAUUUUUUAUACGAAUUGGUAGUUACACUCAGUCUGUGUAGGCCCAGCAAGGCGAAAAUGCCUCUUGGUUGUUUAUAUCUGGUUUUGUUUUGGUUAUGUUUGAUGCUCAAAGUUAUAUGUUCUUCCCCGUUGGGGGGUCGUGUAUAGGCAAUGGAGUGUCCGCUGUGAUUGUUUUGAGUGCGUAGGCUUAGAUUAUAUCCCCGAAAGGAAUGAACGAAGGCUCUGGGCAUGUGUCAGAGCUCAAGCAAACGCUACGACAGCGUCUUGGUUUUCUUCUUGUAGUUACCACGUAAAUACCUAGUAGUGCUUAUCAUGGGUUAAUAUUUUUGGCAGAAUAAUUGAAACUGUGGCGGAAAAUAAUCAGCCGAGAAAUGGAAACAGCGAGGCAGGAAGUGGAGCGCAAGGUAUCAUGGAUAAGCAAAGAGUUAACAACCAGCUAACUCAAUAAAUAAUGAACAAAUUAAUGAAAAGAUAAACUAAUCAUAAUCAAAGAUUAUGAAGUGCGUUCGAACGGUCUGCAACGAGGAUUUCUCUCCUUUGCCAAGCUUAGUGAGGACGUCAUUGACCCCUGCAAAAUAUGUGGGGAUGAAAGAUAAUUCUCCCAAGAUCCAUUUAGACAACGACGGUUUUCUCGUACAAUUUCACUUUUGCAAUAUGUAUUUAACUAUUGGGAAUGAUUCAUUGACAGAAAGGCAUGUUUAUGUCAAUGAUGGCUUCAUUGACAUAAACGGGCAUGUAUGCCUGUCUUCGCUUCUCUUGGAGGAAGGGGAAUACAACGCGAGACCAAGUUAUUUUCACACUAAGGGUUCUGAUAUGUCCUUAGUGUUCUUGGCUGAUUUUCCUAUUGAAUAGGGAACCAUCAUUUCGAGUUUUCAGGGCCAACUUCAGUGUUCAAAGCCGGGUUAUCGUUAAUCAUGGACUCACUGUUAUGAGACAAAAGAUGAAUACACCGCCAAGAUGACUACCGCACAAGUUGUCGAAAUGUCAGUCACUGUUAACAACAGUCGUAUUCAGGACUACGUUCACCCGGACGAUCAUACUCAACCUACUUAUAAAGUGAUUUGUCAUAGGGAUUAACCCUGGAUUUUGCUGUUCGGCCUUCGAACAACAGACGGCCCGGUGUAUGUGUGUAGGCAUUGGGUUAUCAGUCGUGUAAGAGAGAACAUGAAGACACUGUGGUACUCAACAAUUGUCAAAAUUGGAGUUCAAUAACACUGUCAUGAUUUUUGUAGAUGACGAUGAUGAUGACAACGCUGAGUUAUCCGACGAGGAAGCGGCUGAUGGUGAUGCAAACGAAGCCAGACAGAGGCAGAGAAGACAACAGGUACAGUAAGAGAAAAUAACUGUGAGAAAUACGAUUCAACCCCUAUCAUCUCACAAUCUUGUUCUAUUUAUCCGUAUCUAUUGUUGUUUUUGUAUAAUACCCAUAAAUAAAGUUAAGGGAAGUUUAACAGAGUUAACAACCAGGAGCGCAAGCGUCGGUCAGCGGUCAGUGCGAUGGCUCAAGCGCGGUCAGCCUUGCUUGUAUCAUCUCCAUUUGCUUGGUACAGCGUUUCCUUGUGGCCACUCUCUUCGUUUAGUCUUUGGAUCAUUCUUUUACCCCCAUUGCUCACCCCCUUUAUUUUUCCACUGAUAAAUCAGUGUGACAGGUGCCUGGUUCCGUUGGCGUGGUGGUUCAUGGCAAUAGGGCGCGGGUUUACCAGCCAUUGGGGCGUAACUUUUUCUAGGGGCUGGCUUUGCCAAAAGUGGAAGCCCUUAGACAUCUCGGGCACCCAUCUCCACUUAGCGACUUAGUUAUUAAAGUUGAUAAACUGCUGCAACUCAUUUUUUUUUUCAGCAUGCCAGUUAUGAACCGCCCGAUGAGGACGAAGAAAACGAGUUAGACUACUACAGUGACGGUGAGUAUGCGCUGUAUUCCCCUCUCCAGAAACUACCAGGGGGCCCUAAUCGAUAAUAUUCAAGGCAACCGUUAACCAACCUGAGGUGGGAAAUUGUUGUAGUUGUCUCCUGGUUUAGAAUUGUUUGGAGAUGAUUCUACUUGCAGGAUAUUUUGACUCCAAAACUUAACGCUAGUGAUGUACAGAGUAACAUAAUCUGUGAAAUUAAAGCUUCUCUUUAGGAGACCUAAAAGAGGAUCGUUGUCAUCUUCUAUCUAUUAAGUAAGCCUUUUCACGUUUGGUACAAUUUUAUCUUUGUUUUUAUUUCUCUUUUUCUUCAAAAGACGACGAAAACAGCGAAGAAAUCUCGAGUUUGAGAACGGAAUCACUUUUCGGAGGUACAUUUUCAUAUUGGUUGUGAUAUAUUGCAUGUAGUGCAAGGGCAAGUAACGUAAACAGAGAUAAAAUCAAGUAAAACUACGAACGCAGGGAGUUGUCCCUGUUCGUCUUUUCAAAUGUCCUUUAUUUUUUAUUGAAUGGCUUUUUUUAAUUAUUAUUUUUAAUUUGAAGAGGAUGGAGAAGAUCAGAAUUUAGAUGACAGCGCAGAGCAAGAAAAAAUGAAAAAGGCCAAACGCCGUCGCUCGAGUGUUGAUGAUGCGAGAUUACAGGUAAAAUUACCGAAAAUACUUUGAAAUAUUAAAAAAAUAAAAAAGAACACUGAUAUCCUGAGUGUAAGAGGCGCGAGCAUUUUUUUUUACUUUUCAUGCGCAAGAUUUUUCGAGCAAUCACCUGGUUUAGCAAAUAUCCCUGACAGAGCUUUUCGUGUGGUUCUCUGUUUGUUUGCAGCGUGUUUUACAGAGUGAUAUUCACGUCGCUUCAUAUUCAUAUGAUGCGGAAAAUGAAGAAUGGUGUGAAGUCUCCUUACAGGUAAUUGUUGCCGUGCUGUCGAAAAAAUGUUUAUAUGUCGAAAAUUUGGUUGGUGUUCCUGUGGGGAAGGCUGAUGAGUUGUUGGCAUAUACAGGGCGUUGCUUAAGACAAGAAACACUGUGGAUCCUAGCUAAUGAGAGCAAAGAAAAAAACAUUAUCGGUCGGUUUUGAUUUGUCCACCACUGAUCCACAUACCGCUUCUCUUGCUUUACUUAAAACGGUAAUCUCAAACGGUCCUUUCCUUUGAACAAGCUGAGAUACGACGCUGCAAAUGGUGGCCUCACGAUAAUCCGUUUUCGUGGAUCGUGACAUUUCGUUCGACCGCUUACUACUUGUUUCCACCAGGCGAAUGUGUUCGGCGUCUUGCUCCGCGGGAUGGCGGCAAUAGUGACUGUCAUUAGACAAAUCAUAAAUAAGUCAAUCAAAUUAAGAUCAACUUGAAAAAUGAGUUUCUGUAGCAUGGCUCAGGAUCGCUUGUGAGGAGACAGUUUUCUCAGAGCCCACAUUGUCGUGCCAAAGUAAUCGCACCUUAACGAUCAUCUGCCACACCUAAUGUGGACUAGAUACUGAAACGGUUGCGACAUUAGACUUCAGUAUGCGCCUAUGACUUUAUAUGUCAUGGAGUGCGCUAAAUAUGCAAACGUGUUCCAUUAUACUCAGUGCUCUAUUUUGACAGUUUUGGAGUAUGCGUUUAGGACCACCGUGAAACAUAAGUAAAGUAAUCGUAUAACAAUUAUCGUACAUCGGGGGUGAAAAAGGAUAGGAGUAUUUUGCCAACUUCUCACAAUUUGCAAAAACCCUUGGCAAACCGUCUUAUGAAUUUUAGUGCUCAAAGUUUGUGUUCACUCAUAGUUUACUCAAAUAACUGCAUCUCAAGAAACGUGUGUGAGGUUUUGAGAAGGCUCCUUUUCUUUAACAUUCAUCAGGGUGCUCUUAGUUUCAUAAUAAAACUUUCUUUUUCCCUGUAAUAUCAAGAUCACCCCGUCUUACAAAAGUACAUCUUAUUCCCUAUCCCUACGGAAUGAAGUACUUAUACAUUUUCUAAUUGUUGUUUUCUAACUUUCCUACCUAUUUUUAGUUUCCCGUGACGAACUUCAAAAUACGAGUUUCUUCCGUGAUAGAGAAACUGGCCAACCAGGUAUUAGAAUUUUGCGAAUUUUUAAUUGUUUUGCUAAGUUACGACAUUCAAUAGUUUUUUUCUCUUUACAAUACGGUACCCACAUGCUUGAAGGCUCAUUCUACUUAAAUUAAAUUCGACCUGAACUGUCUUCCAUUCUUUCAGAGUGUUGUCUAUGAAACUCCAAAAAUUAACCGAUGUUUCUUGGUCGAAAAUAACGGUACUGCAGUGCUGAAAACAGAAGGCGUCAAUCUACAGGUAACUGCGCUUUGUGUUACUGGCGGCCAUCUUGGUUUCAAAUGUCCUAGUCUAGCCUGGGGUUUACUGUCAAACCUACUUGGUGGGAGGGAAGGGGAGGGGGGGGCAGGGGCGGGGGACGGAAACAUUCGGGACUGUGAACAGUCUAACGGAUAACCCUUGAAAAAAAGUGAUCAAAUUAAACAGGAAGGAGUGAAAUGUGUGAGAUGAUAGAUAGCUUUCGUGUUUCUCUGUGUGGCCGUGCUGUCUUGAGGCCAGCGAUGUGUUGUGGCUCUAAUCAGUACUGAAUGGUCUGAUAGAUUAUCAAAUAUGUGCGAUGAUAUUUUCUGUUCUUUAUAAUUUUAUAUCGUUUUUCCUUGGUGUUUUUAUUGAUGAAUAAGUUGUUCUUUUUAGGCUGCAUGGCAAUACGAAGACGUUCUUGACUUGACGAAGAUAUACACAAACGACAUUCAUGCUAUGGCGAACACUUAUGGAAUCGAAGCAGCCGCGAAAGUUAUAAAACAGGUAAACUGUUCCUUGUUUUACUGAAGCUACUUUGCACCUUUUGUAAUGUGUCAAGUGGUUGAAAAGCCUAUAGCUCUUAUCCAAGUCGUUACUAUUAAAGUUUUCUUUUUCCAUCUUCGAAAAUCAAAUGGGUAAAAGCUUUCGGCGCGAUGAUUUCUGUAGCCUGCGAAAACAUCCGUUUCUCCUCGCUCUUCGUAGCUGGGGGCGUUUCUCGCGGAGGAACGUCUGCGACUCAGCGGCAGAAAUUCCAUACUGAUGACGCAAAUCAAUGUUUACAUAAAUAAAUCCGGUAGUCAUGGGGUUCCAAAUAUAAAUUUGUCCAAUUUUAUGUGUCUUCUGGUCGACUUUGGUAAAGUGUCGUGUUCAUCUGCCAAAGAGCUCCAGCAAAACUCAAAUACUUCUUCUAGAGAAGACUAUAUUCCACAAAUAUUGACUGUUUUGUUAGAGAUUCUUCACAUUUACAUUUGACCUCUGUGGCGUUUUGUCUUUUGUCUCUCAAGACUGUCAUUCGUAAACAAUAGCCAAAACAAUGUAACUACUCCGUCGACCAAUCAGCGCUUCUGACCUGAUUCCGGACAGAUUUUACGUCAUCAGUAUGGAAUUUCUGUCACUGAGUCGCAGACGUUCCUUCGCGCGCAACGUCCCCAGCGGCGAAGAGCGAGGAGAAACCAAUGUUUUCGCAGGCUAUGAUUUCUGCGAUCGUUUUGGUGGACAAACCGUACUUCUGAUUGGUUAAUCGUUGCCUAUGGAUAUCAUCGACCAAUUAUAAUUAACGCGAUCCCAGGAAUCACUGCACCCAAAGCUUGUACCCAUUCUCCCUAGAAUUUCUCAAGUGUAGAGGAUUGGCUCCAUCGGUAAAAUUGCGCAUGACCUGACACCAAUGGUUUCAGGUGCUUAACUGCUAUAGGUGUUUUAACCAAUCUGACCACAAGGGAAGGGUGAGCGAGUUAGACAGGUGUUGGUGGUAGAGCGCAAUGGUUUUGUUGCAGUGGUGGGAAAGUGCCUGCUGUUACUUUGCACCAAAAAUUAACAUCGAAAACACUUUCGAACAGAAGAAAAAGGAACCUUGAUUAAAAGUUUCAGCCACUAUUACAAGACGGAACCCGGUUUCCAUUUUUGAACAGGGAUCGCUUUAAGCAUAGGUGUAAAAAAGCGUGAUGCUUUUUUCCCUUCAGUUAAACAUUCUUAAGAGACAGGAUAUGCUUACUAUCUGUUUUUUACCUUGCAGGAAUUAAAAAACGUAUUCAGUGCUUACGGAAUUCAAGUGGAUCCUCGUCACCUUAGCCUCGUGUCCGACUACAUGACCUACGAAGGCACAAUUAAGGCCUUCAAUCGCAUUGGAAUCGAAUCGAACGCUUCUCCUUUCCAGAAAAUGAGUUUUGAAACCACAACACAUUUCCUUCGCGGAGCAGUACUGUCAGGAGACACAGAGAAAUUAAAUUCGCCUUCGUCACGGCUUGUUGUCGGUCGAGUAGUGGGAACUGGCACAGGGUCUUUUGAACUGCUGCAACCGCUGUGCUGAUGACCUUGUUGCUUAGUUUAAUUGUUGUUUAGGUGUUUGUGAGCGCAAAGAUAGGCUUCUUAGGCCUGUUUCAAACGUCGUGCUACUGCCGUUCUAAGCUGGCUCAACUUUAGCACGACUCUAACACGACUGUACCACGACUUGGUUUCAGACCCGGAAUUUAACUCGAUCAAAUAAAAUAG